GCUUCCGGGCUAAGGGGGGCGGCCGGAAGUAGGAAGCAGCGGGGCGUAGGAUGGGAGCAGGCCCGGGAGGAGGCGUAUCAGCGCGGAGCCCGUCGUCCGGGAUGGGGCGGGCCCCCCUGCUGUGCCUUCCGCUGCUCCUGGCCGCGGCCUCCGCGGAGCUCACCGACGGCAACAGCGAGCACCUCAAGCGGGAGCACUCGCUUAUCAAGCCUUACCAGGGGGUUGGCUCCAGUUCAAUGCCCCUCUGGGAUUUCCAAGGCAGCACAAUGCUGACUAGUCAGUAUGUCCGACUGACUCCUGAUGAGCGCAGCAAGGAGGGUUCCAUCUGGAACCGAGUGCCCUGUUUUCUAAAGGAUUGGGAGCUCCAUGUUCAGUUCAGGAUCCAUGGAGUAGGAAAAAAGAAUCUGCAUGGGGAUGGCUUUGCCUUGUGGUACACUCGGGAGCGCCUUACUGCAGGCCCUGUUUUUGGCAGUAAAGAUAACUUCCAUGGGUUGGCCAUUUUCCUGGACACUUAUCCAAACGAUGAAGCUACUGAGCGUGUAUUUCCCUACAUCUCUGCCAUGGUGAACAAUGGAUCCUUGACAUAUGACCAUAGCAAGGAUGGGCGCUGGACAGAGCUGGCAGGCUGCACAGCUGACAUUCGUAACCAGAACCAUGACACAUUUUUGGCUAUCCGCUAUUCUCGGGGGCGUCUGACGGUGAUGACUGAUGUGGAAGACAAAAAUGAAUGGAAAAAUUGCUUUGAUGUUGCAGGAGUUCGACUGCCCACAGGUUACUUCUUUGGGGCUUCUGCUGGUACAGGAGAUUUGUCUGACAAUCAUGACAUCAUCUCAAUGAAGUUAUUCCAGCUAAUGGUGGAACAUACACCAGAGGAAGAAAAUAUUGAUUGGACAAAGAUUGAGCCUAGUGUGAGCCUCUUGAAGUCCCCCAAAGAUAACGUGGAUGAUCCGACGGGAAACUUCCGUAGUGGGCCCUUGACUGGCUGGAAAGUGUUCCUGCUGCUACUGUGCUCUUUGCUUGGCAUCAUUGUGUGUGCUGUGGUGGGAGCUGUGGUCUUCCAAAAACGCCAGGAGCGAAACAAGCGAUUUUACUAGCAAGGGAGUGGGCCAAGUUACUGGGCGCUCUGGGAAUAUUUUUUAUGGGGGUGGGGAGAAUUGUAUAGACUCUGGUUUCUAAAAGGCUCUUACAGAGAAAUAUAUGGAAUAUUUUCAUAUCUUUUGUGGCCUGGAUCUAUUAGCCAGGCAACCUGUUGAAAACAAUUCAGAAUGUAGGGUGUGGCCCUACUUGAGAGCCUGUUUUUUCUCUUUUGAAUGCUGUUCAGAGCCAUCAGCCCUUCUCAGUUUUUUAAAGAAAAAAAAAGCAAAUAAAACUUUGCUUAGAACUUAAAAAUGGUAAGUAUUCCUCCUCCAUGGGACAUGACUACCUGCCAGCUGGUAUCUGCUGGUGGUUCCUCCAGCAGGACAGUAUUCCCCUAAUCCUGAUAACCCUGCUGAGGACAGUUUGGUGUGCCACAUAAACCCACUCCAUUUUGUUUGCUUAGAUUGGAGUGUGUUUUAUAAAGUCUCAUUGGGACUGGAACUUUUUUUUAUCAUUAUUGGAAGUGAAACGAAACUUUCUCAAAACAACUGUUGGUGAUCAGAUUUUCCCCUUUGGUGAUGGAAAAUGUUUGCACUGUAUUGGUUUGGCAGAGUAGGAGCUUGGUAUUUCCAGUCACUGUGGUGUAUGUGCCACUACUUGAACACAGAUAGUCGGACCUCAUUGAACAUCUGUAAUAGAUGAUUCUGGUAACAGAAUUGUACUUUGUUCUAGCUGUAUAACCCUGUCUGUUUGCCAGAUGAUGGGUUGAAGAGAGGGCAUGUGAAAUAAAGUGGGAAAUUGAUCUUAA